AUGACAUCCCUCCGCCCCUUCCACGCAACAGACGUCUUCAAAUUCAACCCCACCAACCUAGACCCCCUCACCGAAACCUACGACCUCAACUUCUACUUCUCCUACAUCGCGCGGUGGCCUCAUCUAUUCAACGUAGCAGAGGGCCGAGAUGGAACAAUAGAUGCAUACAUAAUGGGCAAACUAGAAUCCUCACCCCCCUACCAGCAAUUCUCCCCACACUACCUCCCCUACCACGCGCACAUAACGGCCCUAACCGUGUCCCCCUUCGCGCGCCGCCUCGGUCUCGCACGAACCCUCUCCAGCUCCCUCGAGCGCAGUGGCGAUUCCUACGACGCGUGGUUCGUCGACCUAUUCGUGCGCAAGUCGAACCGGAUCGCGCAGCGCUUGUACGAGGGCAUGGGGUAUAGCGUGUAUAGGCGGGUGGUGGAUUACUAUAGUGAUGAUCUGGCGGAUCCGGGGAAGAGCGGCGAGGAUGCGUACGAUAUGCGCAAGCCGUUGAGGAGGGACGGGAAGAGGGAGCAUGUGAGGGAGAGGGGGGAGGAGUUUGAGGUGGCGCCGGAGGAUGUUUGGUGA